AUGAAAAAAUAGAAAUAGAUCUAAACAUUAUUCAAGUAUUUUUAAUCUGAUGAAUAUGAAAUGGAAUAAGAGAAAAAACCAAUAGAAAUAAUUUCAUAUAUAAAACUAAAUGAAGAAUAUCAGAUUUUUGAAUUAAUUUUAGAAAAUUGUCCUACUUUUGUAUUAGAUUCAUAGACAUCCUUAAAAUUAGAGAAAUUAUAAUCAUUAAUAUAUUUAGGUAUAAAUGGAUGUUAAAUAAAAUCUUUAAUCCAUUUACCAUUGAUAGAUAGUUUAAAAAGAUUAACUUUGGAUAAUAAUUUAUUAAAAGGAGAAUAAUUAAAAUGUAUAGGAUAUUAUAAAGAUAAACUACUUUCAUUAUCCUUAAUUAAUAACUAACUUAAAAUAUAUCCAGGAUCUAUAUCAUUAUAACAUCUUUAAUAGAUGUAAUCUUUGAAAUAAUUAAGUUUAAUUGGGAAUGUAUUUUUAUUGAAUGAUAAUGAUGAUAAUUAAUAAGCACCAAAAGAAGAAGCUGAAUAUGUUGAGAUGAGAAAUAAAAUAUUUAAUUUAAUGCCUAAUUUAAUUUAUUUAGAUUGUAUUGAAAGAUCAAAGUUAAAAUAAGAUGAAAAGAUAUUUAAUAAUUAUAAUGAAGAAAAUGAAUAUUUAUCCUUAUAUGCUAGUAAAUCAGUUACUUAAUAUGAAACAAGCAGAAGUCAAAGUAUGAUGUCAACAAGAAAGAAUGGAUCUACAAGAAUCAAGGAAGAUUCAAAUCUAUUAUAAAAAGAAGAGAAAUAAUUAUCUACAAGACAAUUAAGACCUUAAAAAAAAAAGGUUUAUGUUUAUGAUUGA